AUGAUGGCAGCAGUACCUGUCCGUUUUGUUUUAUUUGGUGAAGCACGUGAAUUGGUUAACUUAUCGGAGAGAAAUGUAAAUGUGCCGAAUAUGUUAAACUGCCGACAGCUACGACAAUUAAUAUUUCAUGAGAUAUUCAAAGAUUUGUCACCAAUCGAAGAUUGUUGCAUACUAGCUCUAAAUCAGGAAUAUGUUGAUGAUCAUAACGGAACGUUUACGAUCGCUGCGCAUUCAGAAAUCGCUGUAAUACCACCGAUAAGUGGUGGUUGA